CCACUUCACAGAAGUAUACGGACAUCUUUUGUAAUGACUGACCACAAAAGCACAUUGCACCGUCUCAACAUUAGCCUGACAUCCAGUAAAGAUGUGUCAUAAUCGAGCCUCUGUUGGUAAUAUGAUAGAGAGAAGAGGAAGCUCUUGUUUGUUCUCCAUGAGGUGGUGUCACUUUUUGAACAGUAGCUGCAGGUUUUUGUUCAUUCCUGUCCUCAGCACUGAAAGGAAGUCUGUCGUACUGUCGGCUAAGAGUUUUAAGGAUGGAGGAAGAAAUCAGUUAUUCUACAGUGGUCUUUAAAAAUCGGGAUGAGCCUCCAAAAGAGAAAAAGCCGGAGGAGCCGCCAGUUUAUUCUGAAGUAAAACUUAAAGGGACUGCUGCUACUGUACCAGAGAAAAAGCCGGAGGAGCCGCCAGUUCACUCUGAAGUAACAUCUAAAGGGACUGCUGCUACUGUACCAGUUUUGUCACCAGAAGCAGAUAGUAAAGAGGAAGCACACCCUCGCCUCUGUGCGUUGGCUGUGUGUUUGGGGAUACUCUGUGUCUUCCUGGUGGGGACCAUCACUGCCGUCAUCUACAUGAGUGUGAUAGUGGACGAACAGGAGGCAAAUCUCAGCAACCUCACGGCAGAAAAUCAGCAGCUGAUCAUGGCGAGGAGCAUCUUACAGACAAAGACAGACGAGCUGAGCAGAAUCACGAACAACUUCAACUGGACCCUGAACACCAUCCUGAAAUAUGACAACUUUCCAGUAAAUGAAUACUGCCCAGAAAAGAAGUGUCAGCCGUGUAGGAAAAACUGGAUUCUGUUCCAGGAAAAGUGCUACCUGAUUGACCUCAGAGACUCUCCUUGGCUGACGUGGGAUGGGAGCCGAAAGCACUGUCAAAAUUUCAAUGCAGAUCUGGUUGUUAUUGAUAGUCUGGAAGAACAGGAGUUCAUCAGUAAUCACAGCCAAUUCUAUUAUGACAAAUAUCAUGGAUACUGGAUUGGCUUAUAUAAAGAUCCUAAUGAAUCUUCUAAUGACCAAAAGUGGCUCUGGAUUAAUGGACGUAAUGACACUCUAAAGUACUUGUUGCAGGAACAGGACAUUGGUACCCCUGGUCCAUGUGUGAUGGUGAUCCCCAAAAAAAAUCCUUCAGCCAGCUGGGACACAGCAGACUGUAUAAUGCAGAACAGAUUCAUCUGUGAGAUGGACCCUGUGAUAUGGCCUAAUUAGUUACUGCAGUCUUCAUGUUGGGUACAAAAUAUUAUUUCCAAAACAGGAAAAUUGGAUCAUUUUGUCUACCUGUACUGUGUUGUAUACAAAGUUGUGUGAUUAUGUAUAUUUUUAGGUGUUUUUGGUGUCUUUUGGAACAGAAAUCUAGUUUGAAUGAAGCUGUAAAACAUGUAACUCUAAGAAAUGAUGACAAAACAAGACAAUAUCUCUUAGCAGGGGGGUAAAUAUAGACAGUGCGGGCAGUGAAGUCACACUGGGGGCCCGUGAAGCUGCAGGCAGCAAUGUGUUUGGUGGAGUGAUUCAGAUUUCCACCUUAAAAAUAAGUAAAAAAUAGUGCCAUCUGCUAUAUAUGUUCUAAAAAAGUCUUGUAUUGUUGCACCCCUAGUGCUUUCAAAUAAAUAUGUAAUAUUUUUGACAUCAACUA